UACUAUUCUAUCUCCUAAUGGUCCAGUAUAGUAUUUUAUUUAUACUUGAUUGCUUCACUAUAUUUUUUUAAUCAUUUUUUUUGUUAUUCUCUGAACUCUGGACAAACAGAACAAACCUACUCCAGAUCUCCUUCAAUUUGUUGGUUCAGUUGUAGAAUUCACUACAUUUGUUUAAUGCCACUGCCAUUUUCCAAGUUUCAAAGCUUUAGGAAGGAGUUGUUAUAAAUCUCAGUGCUUAAUUCUUUGCCUGUUGCAUGCCGGGAGACAGAAGUGUAAUCAUUGCCGAGCUUGGAGUCCUUCAGAUGCCCAUGAAUUGCAGGAAAUGUGAGAAGAAGUCUAAGGUUAAUAAUUGUAGGAAGGGCUUGUGGUCACCAGAAGAGGAUGAGAAGCUGAAGAGCUGCAUCAAUAAGCAUGGCCUCGGAAAUUGGAGCUGCAUCCCUGCCAAAGCUGGUUUGCAGAGAAAUGGGAAGAGCUGCAGAUUGAGGUGGCUCAAUUACUUGAGGCCAGGGUUGAACCAUGACACCUUUUCUUCUCAGGAGGUGGAAACGAUUGUGAAACUCCAAUCUCUGUUGGGAAACAAGUGGUCUCUGAUAGCUAAACAUCUACUAGGAAGAACCGACAACGAAGUGAAGAACUAUUGGAACUCCAAUCUCAGAAACAAAAUUAUGAAGGGAGGGGAAUCAUUGAAAUCUCCUUUCUCAUCUUCAAAAUUGCCACAAUGCACUAGCCAAUUCUCAUUUUCAGCAUGUCUAGAAUCCAUGGAACCAUCCACUAAGGAACCAACUCAGCCAGAGAGAGGAGUCGAGGAAAGUGCAGCGAAGGGAGGGAGGAGCCAACAACUUUCAUUUCCUAAAAUACUAUUUACGGAUUGGAUUUCAAUGGAGCAUCCUGAAGGUCAAAAUCCAAUGCAAGCUGAUGAAGGGAUGAGCAGCAACUGGGCCUGCUCCAUGUCAAGUACAGAUGUGAGCUGGUUGGAGCUGUUGCAAGCUAGUUAUAUGCCUUCUGACGAAGAUUUGAUCCGUGAAUUCGGGGUUGGAGAGUUUAGAUCACAUUUCAAUCAUGGAGAAACUGUAUUUGAUGCUGUUUCAGGGGUUGAGACUAGCAAUGGUUUCCAGAUGAGCCAGGGUCCGUUUGUAUUCAAUAACUAAAUGCAAAUUACAAAACAGUCAAUUGAAAAUUUGAGA